AUGACAGAUAUCGAUGAUCCGCCCAUGGAUGAAUUGCCUAUUAUGUUGGAAGAAAUUUAUGUGAGUGGUCUUAUGGAUGAUCAUACCGACGAGGAACCUAAUGGUUUGGAGAGGGAGGAUUUGCAUAAGUUCACUAGGUUAUUCGAAGAUGCACAACGCAAAGUUCACCCGACAUGUGAAAAAUUUUCUGUGUUAUCAUUCGUCAUUAAGAUGCUUCAUGUGAAGGUGUACAACAAAUGGAGCAACAAGUCAUUCGAUAUGGUUAUGCAGGUAUUCAAGGACAUUCUACCAGAAUGUGAUCCAACAGUUCCAUGGACACUCUAUGAUGUUAAGAAAUUCUUACGUGACUUGGGGUUGGGAUAUGAAACAAUUCAUUCGUGCAAGAAUGAUUGUGCACUAUUUUGGAAGGAGAGUGCUAAUUUGGAGAAAUGCCCUACAUGUGACGCGUGUAGAUACAAGUUGAACGAUGAUGGUGGUAAAAAGAUUCCACACAAGGUAUUGCGGUACUUUCCUUUGACACCGAGGCUGAAAAGACUGUAUAUGUCCAAAAAAACAGCCGCAGAUAUGAGAUGGCACAAUGACAAGCGUGUGGAUGAUGACAUAUUAAGGCACCCGGCCGAUGGUGAAGCAUGGAAGGAUUUUGAUAAGCAACAUCCGAUGUUUUCUGAUGACUGUCGAAAUGGAUUACGAAGUAAAAUAGGGUAUGUGGGUGCUCGUCGCCACUUGCCUGAGAACCACACUUGGCGAACAAGUAAGCUCUUCAAUGGUCAAACGGAGCACAGGUCCAAACCUUUGGAGUUAUCGGGGGACCAAAUACUAGAGCAAAUUGAUUCUGGGACUUACAAGCCGUAUGGAAAACACCCACAAAAUCGAAAACGACAAAGGAAUGAACAUCAAAAUUUGAAUUGGAGAAAGAGAAGCAUUAUGUUUGACUUGCCGUAUUGGAAGACGUUGAAGCUUUGA